AAACAAGCAACACCAAGAUCGGGAUUUCCACCUACAUCCACCUACAGAACAUCACCUUUCCAAACAAGCUUUCCAAUGUCCACAAAGUCAAUCCUAGUUACAGGCUGCUCAGCUGGGGGCAUAGGGGAAGCGUUGGCCGUUGCCCUUGCCAUGCGAGGGCAUCGUGUAUUUGCAACAGCUCGGGAUCCCGCGAAAGUCCCAGAGUCACUUUCAAGCCUUAGUAAUGUCACGGUUCUGAGGCUUGACGUCUUGAGCCCAGCUUCGGUGGCUGAUGCUGUCAAGGCUGUCUCUGAGAGCGGCCAAGGACUUGAUAUCCUCGUGAACAACGCAGGUUGUGGUUAUGCACAACCUAUACUUGACGUAGACAUAGCUAGGGCACAACAGCUUUUUGAUACCAAUCUGUGGGGUCCGAUUCGAAUGAUACAGGCAUUCUCAGACCUCCUAAUUACAAGCCAGGGUAGGAUAGUCAACGUGAGCAGCGUUGGCGCCAUACUCAAUACGCCCUGGAUAGCUACCUAUGCCGCAUCCAAAGCCGCACUCGACGCAGUCUCCGAAACACUACGGCUUGAGCUCUCACCCUUCGGAGUCAGUGUGAUCACAAUUAUGGCCGGAACCAUUAACAGCCAGUUUCACGCCAACGAUUCUAAUUUUGGAUUGCCGCCAAACUCACGCUAUACUCCAAUAAAAGAUAUCAUAGCCUCAUGGGCAAGUGGGGAGGCCAAACCCAAAGGAUGCUCGUCAAAGGAGUUUGCUCAGUCUAUAGUUGACGAUAUGCUUGGGGGGGGGGGGUAUGCGGUCAAGGGUGUACAAGGGACCUUGGGCUGGCACGAUGAAGACUUCUUCAUGAGCCAAGGUCAGGGUCUGAAGGAAUUGUCUCAAAGACUUGGCAAGGACGCAAAUGGGAAGUGA